UUUAUUAUAGUCCCUGGUUUCUCUCACUCUGUAAAAAUGUCUAUAACUACAUUAUAUUACAUAUGUUAAUAUAUAAAUUAUAAUUAAAAUGUAUAUAUGUUCGUUUAUAUGAGUUAUGAUUGAUUAUGGAUUCGUUGCGCCUGUUAAGUAGUUUACAUCUAAUGGAGCGGGUGACUGGUCCAAGAUGGCGGCCCCGUCGAUGCGACAGCAUCUACUCUUUAUUAUGGUCAUGAGGUCAUGACCGGCUUCUUUCCCUGAAGUUGUGAGUCACGGGGGGCGGGGCCUCGGCGACUGUAUAAUGCACAGGCAAUGGCUCGCCGGAGAGCGAGCAGCGCGCCGUCAUGAUGGGGAAGGUGUCGCCGCUGUGUUUUUUCUUCGCCUGUCUCGUGCACAGCGGGGUUUUGCUGUCUCACGUUCAGAAUUAUGAGGUGGUCCGACCCCAGCGACGUCACGACAGACAGAAGAGGAGCCUGCAGAACGGCCAGACUUAUCCAGACACAGUUCUGUAUGAUCUGACAAUCGGAGGGAGAAACUGGACUAUUCAUCUGGAAAAGAACUGGAAUCUUUUUGGGAGAAAUUACACUGAAACAUUCUAUACAGAGGAUGGAGAAAGGGUCACAACAGCACCAAAAGAGGAGCACUGCUUCUACCACGGACACAUUCAAAGCGAGGAAGACUCCUCUGUGAGCGUGCAGAUAUGUUCCGGCAUCAGCGGUUUCCUGAGAGCGCAGCAGCAGCUGUACCUGAUCGAGCCUCUUGGACAGACGGAGGAGGAGGACCAUGCCGUCUACAGCAGUGAUGAGCUCAAGCUCGGCUCUGGUCAUCGCUCUUCCUGUGCCCUCAAAGCAGCUGCAGAGGACAGACAGCAGCAGCAGGACCAGCAGCCUGCAGCCCUCUUCAUGACCAGAUCAUGGGAGUCGAAACCCGUCUCAGAUCCGCCAAAGUUUGUUGAGCUUGUUGUGGUUGUGGACAACGCUGAGUACAAUCGACAUGGAAAAGAUACUCGACAGCGGAUUCUCUCAGCUGUGAAUCACGUUGACAAGGUCUAUCGACGUCUAAACAUUCGCAUCAUGUUGGUGGGCCUGGAGAUUUGGACCAAAAGAGACCUCAUCAAGGUGGAUCCGAGUGAAGGGACUACUCUGGACAACUUCCUGUCAUGGCGUCAGUCCGACCUCCUCCUGAGAGUGAAACAUGACAACGCCCAGUUUGUGACGGGGACGGACUUUGAAGGGGACACAGUGGGGCUGGCGAAUAAGUUUGCCAUGUGCACCCCGAACUCCGGUGGCGUUAACCAGGACCACCAUGAAAACCUGAUGGGCCUCGCCUCCACCAUCGCUCAUGAAAUGGGACAUAACUUUGGCUUGUCCCACGAUGCCGCUGGAUGUCUGUGCGGUGCCGGUUACAGCAGCUCGGACUGUGUGAUGACAGAAAAGAUCAAAGGUGGGAUGUUUCCAGAGUUUUUCAGCAGCUGCAGUUUGAGGCAGCUGGAUGAAUUCAUGCAGCGAGCUCAGCCUAACUGCCUGGAGCUACCUGCCUCUGGCUCCUCUAAGAGCAUCGCUUUGGGUCCAAGCUGCGGUAAUGCCAUACUAGAUCCCGGAGAGGAGUGCGACUGUGGCACUGCACAGGAAUGUAACAACUCUUGCUGUGAGGCAUCAACAUGUCGGCUCACUGCAGGAUCCCAGUGCGCUCACGGACAGUGCUGUGAAAACUGUCAGUUCAAAGUGACGGGCAGCGUGUGCAGGAAGUCAGCAGGCGAGUGCGACCUGCCUGAAUACUGCACAGGAAACUCCCAGGACUGUCCCGAAGACGCCUUUGAGAUGAACGGCAAAUCCUGCAACAAACAGGCACAGGGUUUCUGCUUCAACGGACAGUGCCCCAUGCGAGAGCACCACUGCUGGAGGCUGUUUGGAGAAGGAGCCGCAGUGGGUCCUGAUCUGUGUUUUAACUCCAACAAAAAGGGGGAAGAUGGCGCCAACUGUGGGAGGGACAAAUCCGGCCCUGUUCCCUGUUCUGCAGAGAAUGUGAAGUGUGGCUCGAUGUUUUGUGUGAAUGGAGGGGACUCCAUCACAGGAAAACUGGCCGUCUACGAAGUGUUUCGCUUCAAUUUAAAGUGUAAAGCCGCCGUUGAAGAUGACCGGAGCAGAAACCUGGACAUGGUACCGAAUGGAGCCACGUGUGGAUCAAAUAAGGUUUGCUUGAAUCAUCGAUGUGUGGACAUCUCCAUUUAUGGAAAAAGGGAGGAUUGUGCAAAGAAAUGCAACAACAAUGGGGUGUGUAACCACAAGAACCAGUGCCACUGUGAUCCCGGCUGGGCGCCACCUUACUGUGACAUCCAGUAUGCAGAUCUACCUCAAGCUCACACGGCGAUGGUAGCCGGAGUGUGUGCCGCCUUGUCCACUCUGCUGGUGGUCUGUGUGCUGGUGGUCGGGCUGACGUGCCGUAAGAAGAUACACAUGGAAAAGCGCACCAGGAAAAGGAAAGUUCCUUCCAAGCUGAACCCCACAUUCCAGGGAGGAGCCCGACCUCAGAUCAGCCAGCCCACUCUGAUGGCGUCCACGGCAACGCAGGCCCACAGCCCUCUGGUUGUAGCCGUGACUCCCAGCAGAGCGGCUCCACAGCCUCCUAAAAACGUGACUUCAGUGUCGUCUACCUCUGAAACUGAACCGACCAAACCUCAACCUCCAUCCAAACCUUUGCCACAUCUGACCAAAACGGAGCAGAAUGGAGCCAAACCAAAUCCUCCACCUGUUCCUCCGGUCAAGCCCAGGCCUCCUCCUCCAGCCGUGGCCAACACGAGGCCCAGUGUCCAUCCUCCUCGGCUUCCAGCAAAACCCAGAUUCCAAAAGGUUACCUGAAAUACUCCUAAAGGGGACAGGAGGAGCAAAGGAGGAAGAAUCCAGUGUGCAAUUUUGUGUUUACGUUGUAAAAUGAAAGCUGCAAAUGGAAAGACUAGCAGUUUAACAUUUUUAUAUUUAAAAUGUUUCUCCUUGAAUAGUGGGAUGCUCUGCAGUUUUGAUAAAUUCCUGGAAAUAUUUAUAUAUAUUUUAUGUUAACUUAUAUAAAUCAAAAACAGCUGGAGAUGCACACACCAAAUAUAAUAAUAAUAAUCAUGAACUGCUGGAUAUAAACACUACAAGGUUCCUUUCAUCUGCAAGGUGAUUAUUAUAUAAAAUGGGAGCCGCUUUGUGAUUUUUAGUUUUUUGUGUCUAACUUAAUGAUUUUAGUGUUUAUCCAUGCAGCCAAACCUCCAAAUUUAGUCAGAAAAGACAAAUAUUUAUGUAUUUAUUUCUGCUGCUACAAAUAUUUGCAGCCUAAAGUUUUGAUAUUUAGGGAACCUUUUAACAUCUGAGACAUUUCCGGUGAUGCUUGAAAACAAUAUUUUUAACAUGUUGUAACUUUUCAACUGUGAGCACAAUAACUCCAGUAGAUUCUGAAGGAGAA